AUGGAUAUCAAGGAGUAUUUUGCCAGAAUUUCUUACCGGGGCUCCCCCAAUAAGCCGGACCUGGGUACCAUGUCAGAUAUAUUACAGCACCAUGUCCAGUCUGUCCCUUUUGAAAACCUCAGCAUCCACUGUGGGGAAAGCAUUGAGCUGGAUCUGGAAGCAACCUACAACAAGAUAGUGAAGAAGAACCGUGGGGGCUGGUGCAUGGAAAACAACUACCUUUUAUCUUGGGUCCUGAAAAGUCUUGGCUACAAUGUCAUCCUUCUGGGAGCAAAAGUUUAUGUCCCUGAGCAUCAGGCAUAUGCAGAUGAAAUUGAUCACCUGCUGCUACAAGUGGUGCUUGAUGGCAAAUCCUACAUUGUGGAUGGGGGGUUUGGGAUGGCCUACCAGAUGUGGCAGCCAAUGGAGCUGAUUUCAGGGGUGGAUCAGCCACAGACUCCUGGGAUCUUUCGCUUCCAGGAGGAGAGUGGGACCUGGUACCUUGAGAAGGUGAAAAGGAAGCAGCAGGUAAACAACCAAAGCGACUCCACUUCCCAAAAUGUGGAAAAUGAAGUUUGCCGUCGGGUUUAUUUCUUUACUCUUCAGCCACGAGACAUCGAAGAGUUCAGAGGCUGCAACACCCACCUGCAGACAGACCCCGGCUCGCUCUUCGUCACCAAGUCUAUCUGCAGCCUGCAGACUGCUGAUGGCAUCCGGGCACUGGUGGGGUUGAAGCUCACUGAGAUGAAGUACAAUUAUAGGGAUAAUAUGGAUCUUAUGGAAAUCAGAAUCCUCACAGAUGAAGAAAUAGAGAAAACACUGAAAGAGAAAUUCAAUGUAACACUAGACAAGAAAUUUGUACCUACCAAUUCAAGCAACUUGUCUCUGUUCUAA